AUGAAAUCUGAUGUUCCCAGUCAUAUCUUGCAUUUGAAAGUCAUGGAUGACAGGGAGAUUUCCUACCAAGAAAUCGUUAAAGCUACUGAUGGAUUUGACCAGAAAAAUUUGAUAGGGACUAGUAGCUUUGGUUCAGUGUACAAAGGUAUUAUGGGUGAUAAUAGAGAAGCUGCUUUCAAGCAUCUGAAUUUGGAAAAUGAAGAAGCCAGGAAGAGCUUCUUCAGGGAAUGUAAAGUGUUGGCAGAAGUCAGGCACAGGAAUCUGGUGAAAAUCAUAUCCUUCUGUUCAAAAUUCGGGCGCAAAAUAUUGGUUCUAGAGUUCAUGGCCAAAGGAAAUCUGGAGACACUUUUGCUUUCAAGUUGUAUCUCAUUGACCUUCAUUGAGAUAUUGAACAUAGCAAUCGAUGUUAUCCAUGGACUAGAACAUCUACAUCAUGACUGUUUUCAACAAAUUAUACAUUGUGAUAUAAAACCAAGUAACAUUCUUCUGGGCGAGGACAUGACAGCACAUAUAGCAGAUUUUGGGAUUUCUCGAAUAAUUUAUGGUUCAGGCACCAGUACCACUAGCUCAGGAGGUAUUUCCACUCUAGCUCUAAAAGGAUCCAUGGGUUACAUUGCACCAGAGUAUGGACUUGGUGGGAAGGUAUCCACGAGGGGCGAUAUUUACAGUUACGGUAUUAUGCCAUUGGAGAUGGCGACUGGAAAGAGUCCAACCAACCAUAUGUUUGUGGGAGAAAUGAACCUCCACAAGUGGGUAAGCAUGCAUUUUGACAACAAAUUGGAAGAGAUAAUUGACAUGAGAAUGAUGGAGGAUACAGGAGAAUAUGAAAUAAAUCAAUGCCUCAUUUCCUUCUUUCUUACUGCGUUGGAGUGUUCAAAGCAGCCCCCCAAUGAAAGACCCACAGCUAGAGAGGUGGCAGGAGUAUUGGAAAGUAUUAGGAAGACUCUCCUUGAAGCUUGA